AAAGAAAAAAGGAGAAGAAAGUCACACGCAUGUGCAAUACAUAUUCAAAUAUUCCAAAUCAAGUCGUGUGCAUUCGAAAAUAUCGUUCUUUCGUUUCGGAUACGUUUUGCGGACAAACAACUGUAAGCGGCACAUUUUGCGCGUAUAAGUUCAAUUCAUUGCAUUAAAAAAAUGGGCAAAGAAAAGAUACAUAUUAAUAUUGUGGUGAUUGGCCAUGUCGAUUCGGGUAAAUCUACCACCACUGGUCAUUUGAUUUAUAAAUGUGGAGGCAUCGAUAAGCGGACCAUCGAAAAGUUUGAAAAAGAAGCUCAGGAAAUGGGUAAAGGUUCCUUCAAAUACGCUUGGGUAUUGGACAAAUUGAAGGCAGAACGUGAGCGUGGUAUUACCAUUGAUAUUGCUUUGUGGAAAUUCGAAACAGCAAAAUACUAUGUGACCAUCAUUGAUGCUCCAGGCCAUCGUGAUUUUAUUAAGAACAUGAUAACUGGCACAUCUCAAGCCGAUUGCGCUGUCUUAAUUGUUGCUGCUGGUACCGGUGAAUUUGAAGCUGGUAUUUCAAAGAAUGGUCAAACUCGCGAGCACGCUUUACUCGCCUUUACUUUGGGUGUAAAACAAUUGAUUGUUGGCGUUAAUAAAAUGGAUUCAACUGAACCGCCAUACAGCGAAACUCGUUACGAGGAAAUAAAAAAAGAAGUCUCUUCGUACAUUAAGAAAAUCGGUUAUAAUCCGGCUGCCGUGGCCUUUGUUCCAAUUUCUGGAUGGCACGGUGAUAACAUGCUUGAACCAUCUGACAAAAUGCCAUGGUUCAAGGGAUGGACAAUUGAACGUAAGGAAGGAAAAACCGAAGGAAAAUGCUUGAUCGAAGCCCUUGAUGCAAUUUUACCACCAUCUCGUCCCACUGAUAAAGCAUUACGUUUGCCAUUGCAAGAUGUUUAUAAGAUUGGCGGCAUUGGAACCGUACCAGUCGGACGUGUUGAAACUGGAAUACUUAAACCUGGUAUGGUCGUUGUUUUUGCUCCGGCUAAUAUCACCACUGAAGUAAAGUCUGUUGAAAUGCAUCACGAAGCAUUACCAGAAGCAUUGCCAGGCGAUAACGUUGGUUUUAACGUCAAAAACGUUUCCGUGAAGGAAUUGCGUCGUGGAUAUGUGGCAGGCGAUUCAAAGAACUCACCACCAAAGGGAGCACAAGAUUUUACAGCACAAGUCAUAGUUUUGAAUCAUCCAGGUCAAAUUGCCAAUGGAUACACUCCAGUAUUGGAUUGUCACACCGCUCACAUUGCGUGCAAAUUUGCUGAGAUCAAAGAAAAAUGCGACCGUCGUUCGGGCAAAACAACCGAAGAAAAUCCCAAGGCAAUUAAAUCGGGUGAUGCCGCCAUUAUAAAUUUAGUUCCAACUAAGCCAUUGUGUGUGGAAUCGUUCCAAGAAUUUCCACCACUUGGCCGUUUUGCUGUGCGUGACAUGCGCCAAACCGUUGCAGUCGGGGUGAUCAAAUCCGUCAACUUCAAAGAAGCGGCAACUGGAAAAGUAACGAAAGCUGCUGAAAAAGCCCAAAAGAAGAAAUAACUAGGCCAACGUCAAACUAGUGAAUUACAGCAGCAGUAUCAACGUUCAAUUGAUGCAUACAACAGCGAUAAUUCCGAUAAAAAACAACUCCUACAAUUAUUAUCCAAUCGUCAAACAUCAAGUACAUUAUAUAAUAACAAUUACCAGUGUAACAGCACUACCCACACAUGUUUUGAUCAAGCCAAAUGCACAUCCCAGCAUCACGACCACAUCAAACGACUCAUUGUUAAAUUGUUAAGCAGUAUUUUAGAACGUCAUCGUCGAAUUUUCCGCAGGAAAGAACAGUCGAACUUAAAAUGAUGUUUUCAUUUACACUGUCGCUGAACGGAAAGCGAAACAUUUAAUUAUUAUAGAAAUUCAUUUAAUUUGUUGAUUCUUUUAUUCUAUAUAGUCUGUAUAGAUUCUAUUUCAUUUUUUGAACCAAAUUGAAUACAUAUAUUCAAAAUAGAAAAACGCUCAAAAAGACAGAUCAAAACCAUCGAUCCAAAAAGACAGAUCAAUUUUAUAACAAAAAAAACAACCACAAUUUUCCAAAUUACGUUUGAAUCUACUCUGAUCUUAAGAGAAAUACUUACACUAGAUUUUAUACUUUAAGUUAAUUUGUUAUUCUGAUUUUUUUUCUGCUGAGACAAAACUAAACACAACGUCAAGUGAUUCAAAUCAAAUUUUACGGACGACGUUUUUUGAAAUAAAUAAAGCAUUUACUGGCUUGAGGAAACAAAAGAAA